GGGAUUUCGAUGGACAACAACAGGUGUUCCAGUUUUUUGAAAUGUCCAGAAUAGCAGGAAAAGCAAACCUAUCCAACGACGUGUUCUGUAUGUGGAGUGUAGUGUCUCAGAUCUAGAUAAAGAAGCAGAGUUGUGGAUAAGACGCGAAAGCGCCUGAAUGCACUGCGCCCAACAACUGGCAUUGGCUCGUGGUUGUGGGUGCUUUAGUCAAAGAUAUGUCAAUAUAAAAUACCAGGUUUCUGAAUGAAGUGCCACGAAUUGUUUGCGCAAGAAUGGACGUGAAACAGGUCAAACUUGCUGUUAACUCUGAAGAAUCAGUGCUGGAUUUAAUCAGGCUCGUGCGACCUGAGUGGAAAUCGGAGGAGCUGGCAAUUCGUGUUUUCCAAGGUGGUGUUACGAAUCGCUUGUAUGGCGUUCUGGCCGAUGGGAAUAGUGUGGCUCGCACCCUGCUGGUGAGGGUGUUCGGGGAAGGGAGUGACUUAUUCAUAGACCGACGCAAGGAACGGGAGUACAUUGAGCUGCUGUGGCGCCACGGGCACGCAGAGCCUCUAUGCGCCACGUUCGACAAUGGAUUCGUGUAUGGCUACAUUGUGGGUCGCCCACUGACGGUAACUUCAGUGAGACUUCCCCAUGUCUUCCCGAAGAUUGCGAGGCAGCUCGCCCAGCUACACAGUGUGCCGAAACCUGACGGAAUCUCGAAUCCUGAACCUGCCAUCCUGAGAAACCUUGUACAUUGGCUAGACCUGGUGCCUGAAACGUUUAGCAAGGCGGAUGUGCAUCAACGUGUUGAUGCCAUUCUACCAAGUCGGUCUGUACUAAAAGCAGAGGUGAAGGCGUUAGUGGAUCAACUCCAGUCUCUCAACUCACCCGUGGUAUUCGGUCACAAUGACACCACACCAGGAAAUAUCUUGGAGCUUGAUGACAACCCCGAUCAGGUAGCUUUCAUUGAUCACGAGUACGCUGGCUGGAAUUAUCGGUGCUUUGAGCUGGGCAACAUGUUCUGUGAAUACUGCGGUGUCGAGCGCAUGGAUUUCUCGCUGUUCCCAAGCCGUGCAGAACAGGAGAGCUUUCUGCAAGUAUACAGCACUGAAGCAGCAGCUCUGCAGAGCAAAGGGGAUCACGAUGUCGCUACUCUAUACAAUGAGGCGAGCCUAGGUGCACUGGCCAGCAACCUGCAGUGGACAAUCUGGGGUCUGGUACAAGCAGAACAUUCCCUCAUAGAGUUUGACUACGUUGACUAUGCUGGUACCCGCUUGGCCGAGUACCACCGCCAGAAAGCCUUGCUUGGUUUGAAUGAUUCUAUGAAUGGAACUACCCGUUGAGUUUUACUGCCGUGCCACCAAGCUCCGAAUUUACGUUCAGGCAGCGAUAGUCCCUUUGUUGUCAUUUAUUAUAUUAGUUAGGUACCAGCAGGAGAUCUAACUGGAGAGAUGUACUACAUACGUGUGUAGUCCCCUGCACGGGAUAUUGUGUAGAACGCGUAUGCAUGAUUGUACUCUUUAGAGACUGUAUUGUAAAGAGUCUAUUAACUUAAAAAGACCCCGGUGUUCUAGUACUUCAUGUGUCAAUAUGCUGCUGGACGGCUUUCUCACUACAGUUCUUAUUGAAACUUGUUCUACAGUUGUAACAUCCCCUGCUGAGCUCUGUCCAAAAAUCAUCCUCUUAUGGUUUGCUUCUUAUCUGGCAUGACUUUUGCUGCAAUGUGCCUUGGAAAAAAUUAUAUUUUCAAAUUAUUUACAAAAAGCCCCACGCGAUCUGAUCUGUACCAGGCACACAGAAAUAGCUUUCUGAUAUGUUUUCUGAUUAGAAAAUAACGAAUACUUUUUUGCUCACGAAAUGUGCACAUUGUACAAGUACCUCGAUAGGCGGACAUGAUUAUAGAAAGCAAG